CGAAGGGGCCAGCAGCGCCCCCGUCUUCUCCCCGGGCCGCCGCGGGCUCCGUGAGCUGCUUCCUCCCUCGGGCGGGCAGGCUGGGCGCGCAGGGGCGCGGGCCCCCGCCGGGCGCGCAGCGGCACCAUGGGCACGGUGCUGUCCCUGUCCCCCAGCUACCGGAAGGCCACGCUCUUUGAGGAUGGGGCGGCCACGGUGGGCCACUACACGGCCGUACAGAACAGCAAGAACGCCAAGGACAAGAACCUGAAGAGACACUCCAUCAUCUCCGUGCUGCCCUGGAAGAGGAUCGUGGCCGUGUCGGCCAAGAAGAAGAACUCCAAGAAGGUGCAGCCCAACAGCAGCUACCAGAACAACAUCACGCACCUCAACAAUGAGAACCUGAAGAAGUCACUGUCGUGUGCCAACCUGUCCACGUUCGCUCAUCCCCCGCCGGCCCAGCCACCCGCCCCCCCUACCAGCCAGCUCUCGGGCUCCCAGACCGGGGUCUCCUCCUCCGUCAAGAAGGCCCCGCACCCUGCCGUCACCUCCGCGGGGACCCCCAAACGGGUCAUAGUCCAGGCGUCCACCAGCGAGCUGCUGCGCUGCCUGGGCGAGUUCCUCUGCCGCCGGUGCUACCGCCUGAAGCACUUGUCCCCCACGGACCCCGUGCUCUGGCUGCGCAGCGUGGACCGCUCGCUGCUCCUGCAGGGCUGGCAGGACCAGGGCUUCAUCACGCCGGCCAACGUGGUCUUCCUCUACAUGCUGUGCAGGGAUGUCAUCUCCUCCGAGGUGGGCUCGGACCACGAGCUCCAGGCCGUCCUGCUGACCUGUCUGUACCUCUCCUACUCCUACAUGGGUAACGAGAUCUCCUACCCGCUCAAGCCCUUCCUGGUGGAGAGCUGCAAGGAGGCCUUUUGGGACCGCUGCCUCUCGGUCAUCAACCUCAUGAGCUCCAAAAUGCUGCAGAUCAACGCCGACCCGCACUACUUCACACAGGUGUUCUCCGACCUCAAGAACGAGAGCGGCCAGGAGGACAAGAAGAGGCUGCUGCUGGGACUCGAUCGGUGAGCCCCGGGGCCUCGGCCUGGCGCAAGGAUUCAGUCCAUUUUUAAAGAUUUAUUAUACAACCAAUCAGUUUUGUGUACAGUAUGUGUCUAGCAAAGCCAAGCCACCAAGGGCGCCCCCCCUUCACACUUUCUCUCCUUGGGGUUUGUGCUUUUUUUUUUUCAGCCCCGACAAGCUACUCGGGGCACUUCUGAACCUGUGAACUGUGUGCAAAACCCCGAAGAUGUUUUCAGAGUCUCCUAGGCCGCUGCCUCUUUCUUUGGGGAUCCCAGAGGACCGACCCAUCUCUGCCACCUGUGCCCUGGCUGGCGAACCUGCCCGCUGCCCCCUGGAUGGGGCUGGAGAGAGCCUGUGGCCAGCAAGCCCAGGGAGGAAUUGGAGUUUCCAGCUGGGGCCUCGGUUCUGGCUCCUGUUUGGGGUUGUUGGUUGUCAGAGGCUGCUGGAACCAGGCAGGCGGAGGAGCCGCACGUGGGGACGAGGCCAGGUCUGCAACCACCUUGGAGCAACGUCCCACACGCUUG